AUGUCACGAAGAAACAGUGCCAUGUAUACUCCUCAUCCGCUGACCGCGCAAUUCGAUAGCGCAAAGUUCAUGGUUGGCGGGGGAGUAGCUAUCUUCCAUCUUGCAACUGGGCGCGUGGUACUAUGCAGCUACGAGCAACACGGGCACACAGUAUAUUUCCUGCCUAAAGGACGGCGAGAUGCAGGCGAAGAAAGUGGCACAGGCGCAGAGCGAGAGGGGUAUGAAGAGUCAGGGUAUCGAAACCGGCUUCUCCCUCUACCAACACGGCAUUGCCAACCGCAAGCUCAUCCACGUGUCCACGCUCCGACGCAUACUGCCGAGCCCGUUCUGUUACAGUUGAUGCCGUUGCGAGAGUAUCAGUAUGUGGUUUAU